CUCAUCAAACAUCAGACCUGGGAGUCUGCCAACUUUUCCACAGCGUGGAGCCAGUGAUCAGAGCCAGGCAUCAGAACCAGGGAUCAGAACCAGUGAUCAGGGCCAUUAGAGCCAGGGACAGGGAUCAGAACUAGGGAUCAGAGCCAGUGAUCAGGGCCAGGUAUCAGAAGACUGUAAAAAUGGGCAGCAACCCCAACGGUGCACCGACCGCCUCCAUCCCUGCUGUGCAGCAGCUGAAUUGUUCCCACAAAGAAAGCUCCCAGUUUCGUGGUGAUGGACAGUGCGCCGGUUCCUCCAAGGUCUUGCUGGCUUAUAAAAGCGCGACGCAGCACUUGAAUUCUUCUGGGAUCAAAGUGGGCUUGGGUAUACUGAAAGUGGCCACUUCUCAGUGGAAGCAGGACAAGAUGACGCGCACAGAUGCGAUCACGAAGCAGGUGUCCACUGCCAACAGCGGCCACCAUUGCAAGAAAUCCCCGCUGGAUCAGCUGGCUGCUCUAGUUCUGCACGGUCAGGCGCGUCACUGCCAGACUGGCCCAGAACACCGCCAAGACCUGCUCCACUCCACCAAGCCGCAGAACUGCAGGAGGAUCGUGGUUCUUGGCGCUCCGCGGGUUGGAAAGACCUCCAUCCUAAGAAGAUACCUCCGCGACGGAUUCGUGGAGGAGUACAAUCCAACCUCUGAGGAUUUCCUCAGGAAACUGUUCCGUAUCCGCGGGGUGGCAUACCAAAUAGACAUCCUGGAUGCGUCCAGAGAAAGAGACUUCCCAGCUAAGCGGCGGCUGUCUAUCCUCACAGGCGACAUUUUCCUUCUCGUGUUCAGCCUUGAUGACCGGAGCUCUUUCGAGGAGGUGUGCGCCCUGCGAGCGGAGAUUCUGGCUGCUAAAUCCAAGCUGCCGCGGCCCUCCGCGCCGGAGCGUUGCGCGCAGCCGCGCGUCCCGCUGGUGGUCUGCGCCAACAAGGUGGAUCUCCCGGAGUCAGAGAGAGACAUCUCAAACGCCGAGGUGCUCGAAGCACUCGGGGACGACUGUGCAUACUUUGAAACAUCUGCUAAGGACAGCACUAAUCUCGAAGAAGUGUUCGAAACUUUGGCCAAGCGGGGAGGUCUUCCGACGGAAACCGGCCCGUCUCAGCACCGCAAAGUGUCGCUCCGGUCGUACCAGGCGAUGCGGACGGGCCGCGUGGCGGGGAAGGGGAGACACGACCCCUGCGGGACUCUCUACCCGCUGGCCCGCCGGCCCAGCUUCGGCACUGAUCUGCGACAAGUCAUUGCGCCACACACGGCAGGAAAGGCCGGUAAAAGACUGGAGAAAUGUUAUAUUCAGUAAGGGCACGUAUAGUUCUUAGUCACAUAGCAAUUAAGGUAUUGCUGCAUUGUA